AUGUGUCUGUAUAUGUCAGUUCGGCAGUAUGGAUCAGUAGAUGCAGGUGGGAGUCCGCAUUGUGGCAGCAUUUACAAAGGUUUCUCCGAAUGUCUUCUCCGCCUGGGUGACAGCAUCAGUCAGUAUGCAGAGCAGGAGAUUACAGACCCUCAGCAACUAGACAACAUCUGCUCACAUUGGGAUGACUUCCACUUGUGUGCCAUGGCAGCUAUGCUGGAAUGUAGGCUGGAAGCGCAAGUUAUGUGGGACUCAUUGCGUGAGGAGUCAAAGAAGCUGAGGUUUGAGGGUAACCUGUAUGAGCUCUGCAGCAAGAGGAAACAACAAAGCAAGCAAGACCGCCUCACAGGUGCAGCACUACAACAACAUCCGCCGGUUUUACUUCCACUAUUGACAGUUUUCCUGUUCUGUCUUAUCUGACACAGAAUUGCAAUUUUUUUGGGAGGAGGGGUGAGGGAAUAACUCCAGCUACAAAAUUUAAAAUGCAUAAACAAGAUAUAAUGAAUAGUUUUGCUGUUUUUAAAACUGUAUGUAUUUUCAAGCAUAAUUUAUGCCCAAACAGACAAUAUGAUAUGCAUUUCGAUAUAUGAUACACUGAAAGAGAAAAUGCAAUUUAAAAUGUUGACAACAUUCAAAGCCUAGAGAGAAAAGCAAAUAUCAACAGCAUUCUUAAUGAGUUAUGUUUCGCUUAGAAUCAUCCAAAUAUGCAGAAGAUAUAAGCACUGCGCUUUGCCCUAUAAACAAAGUGGCUUCAGUUUUAAGUCUUUUGAAAUACCAUCCUCCCUACACACACACACACACACACACACACACACACACACUACGAUGACAGCAGUAGACAACAGGUGACCUCAGUCUGUUUAAUAUGCAUUUUCCCUGUUUAUUUGGUGAAGUCAAAUCAUUUUUAGCCACACUGACCCUUGUAAUGCAUGUGCAGAGGAGAGUCUCCCACUUAUGCCUCCUUCAAUCCCUUCUGCACAGAUUUCAGAAUAAUAAUUUCUAUUUAAAAGGAAUCCUUACAAAGAAUCUUAUGUAGUCACUUCUCAGCAUUAAACCUUUAAUGCUGCUUUUCAGUCUGGUCAGCCAGUUAAUUAGGCUGGUUUGAAGAUUUGCUGUCCAUUUUCCACUGUCUCUUCAUUUUAGUUUCCUCUGCAAACAAGCUGAUCCCAUUCUCAGUGUACUUCAUGGUGUUUGACGCAAAGGUGCUAAAUGGUGAUGGUUCUAGAAUUGACUUCUAUGGACCCUCAUUAACCACUUUUUGUUCCUUUGAUAGUGUUCCCCAACCACUUCUUGUAGCACUAUACCACCCAGCAUCCCUCUUACCCAUUAUUCAACUUGUCUUCUACUCCGCAUCUAUUCAGUUGAUCCAUUGACCUCUUGUGAGGGGCAGAAUCAAAGAUUUCACUGAAUGCAGGGUACCUGGCAUUGAAUAUGUUUCUUUUAUCAAGUCCCAGUGUAACCCUGUCAUAAAACUGAAUCAGGUUGGACUGACAUGACUUGUUUUCAACAAAGGCAUGCUGAUAUUUAUCCCACUUACCUCAUGUCAAAGCAUUAUUCUGGACCCAGUCUGACAGAAGAAUAUCAUGGCUAUGAUGGACUAGCAUGCACUACCCUAUAUAUUUCACCACAACACAUUCUUUGUUACAAUAGUUUCCUUAAUUAAUGCAUCCACUAUUAUAGGUUCAUAGGUGGUUAUUGGGCUAUUCACCUUAUGAUCUUUAUACACCUAUCUGUGUGUACCCAAUAUAAUACUAGAGAAACCCAAUACAAAGGAUCUUGCCAAAACUAGAAAUCUUACUUAGUAAUGACUGCUCAUCUCUAAGAUGGUCAUAGGUGAAAUCCCUGGCAGGAAUUUGCAGUUUCCAAUACAGUCAUCCAGGCUAUGCUUA